AUGUCUACGUUAGCAGAUGUCCUUAGAUAUCUUCACGAUGACGAGGGUAUAAUCCAUCGUGAUAUCAAGCCAUCAAACGUGUAUUUCGAGUCCGAAGACUCGCCUCCAGUUCUUGGGGAUUUUGGCAUCAUGUACAAUACAAAGGCCCCACCUCCGGAUGAGCCUAUGGAAUCCAAAUACACAGAUGUAUCCACCGGUAUAUUUAAAGCGCCCGAGUUGUGUUUUGGCAUGGCCGACUACACGCAAGCCAUCGAUAUCUGGUCGUUAGGUAUUAUAUUCACAUUAUUAUAUUCAACAACAGGGAAGUCUUGCAUCGAUGAGGAAGGAAAUUUCCACGACUUAACGCUUAUCAGUUCCAUAUUUCAGAACUUUGGGACACCCCUGACGAGUGAUGCUUCUGAUAAGCGGCUUUAUUGGCCCGAUGCUAAUCGCCCGCAGAGCCAUUUUAACAGCUUCAAAUUCACAGAAAAACCUCGAAAGCCUUUAGAAGAGCUAUUGCCUCGAUGCGAUGAUCCUAAUAUGCUACAUAUUUUUGAUAGGAUGAUGGUUUAUCAGGGUAGUGAAAGAAUUACUGCUAAAGAAAUCCUCACGUGUAUAGAAUGA